ACGGAGGCAAAUCAUUCCAGUGAAGAAAGUUGGGUUACCCAGGUAACUACAGCAGACAAUGUCAACAAACGCACGGGUAACACUUUGCUACGGACCUUACGAGUCAAACGGAGUGGUACAACACAGGACCUUCCGCCUGCAGGGUCUCCGGGCCGCUCUGAGAGCGCGUGGGUACCAGGUCAUCUUGGAAGAAAUACGGGAGUGGAACAUGGUGGAGCUCGUGGUCAAUGGGCAGCUCGUCUUCAGAUGUCACAUAAAGCAGCUGGAGUUUGGUGGUGAUGGAAAACUGGACCCCGUUUGUAAAGAAGCGGCUACUGCUGUGGAUAACGUUUUCUUACAACCUGGCAUUUAA